UACAGGAAGUUAUUAUUUCAAAUACUAUAAACCUUGGGCCCUGAUUGGCUGUGAUUGUCACAGGGAAUGCGAGGUUUACCUGGUCGUAUGGGCAGCCCAGGCUUGGAUGGAGAGCUGGGGGACCCAGGGUUGCCAGGCACUCCAGGAAUUCCAGGCCUAAACGGGCUCACUGGGCGAAAAGGUGAAAAAGGAGCUGAGGGCAUUAACGGAACUGAUGGCUUGCCUGGGCAGAAAGGCCAGAAGGGGGCCACAGGGUUUGCUGGGUUCCCGGGAUUCAAAGGCUCCGCCGGAGCCCCAGGGGCCUCUGGAGCGCAGGGUCGCCCAGGGCCAAUCGGCCCCAAAGGAGACACGGGAGUAAAGGGAGAUAAGGGCAGAAGAGGCCGAGGCAAGCCAUGUGUGAGGGGCCUGCCCGGGACUCCUGGACAACGAGGGCAAAACGGUGAACCUGGACCAGAGGGAACCAAAGGAGACAAGGGGGAAACAGGACUCUCUGUGGAAGAGGUGAAGGAGCUUGUGACCAAGGAAGUGGUGAAAAAGUGUGGGAAUGACAUUUUGGUGCUGGUGAACUCUCAGGACCCAGAUGCAGAGGACAGUGAUGGUGUACCAGGGACCGUGUUCACCACCAUCAUCCGCAGCACGCCAGGUGAGGAUGACUAUGGAGAGGAAGAGGAGCAGACAGACACAACUACUGUCAGUCCAUCCACCCCAAACACAGAGGCAACAACAGCCUCGUUCAACCUCACAGACGUCCACGAAGGAACGAGAAGGAAGCGACGAGGGAGGAGACGUGUCCUCCGCCCCUCCUCAGGCCUCUCCUCAGAUGCUUGUCUGGAGCCCAUGUCCGAGGGCCACUGCUCCGAGUACAUCCUGCUGUGGUACUUCCACCUGCGCUCUGGAGGAUGCCGCCCUUUUGUCUACGGUGGCUGUGGGGGGACAAGAAACCGCUUCGCCUCGAAACAGGAAUGUCAGAUGCUUUGCGCCCAGGCUCAAAAAGCUUCAGACCACAGGUGAAAAUAAUCCGGCCAACAUAUUCCAAUGCCUAUGUAAAUAGCUGUAUAAUCCUUACUGUGUUGUUGUUGCAUCUUAUUGCUUAUUUCCACUGACACUAAAGAUGAGUAACUGUAAUGGAACUGAUAUGUUUUUGUUGCACUACUACUGUAUAUGAUGAUUCUAUCAUUAUUUUCAGAAUUUGUCACACGUUCAUUUCCACAGACCAUUUGUCAACAAGUCAUCUAUGACUGAUUUUUAAUUUUUUUAUGAUCUUGUGUCUUUUAUAUUUUUCUCUGAGUACUUGUAUCUUGUCUUCCCAUCAACUAAGUACUGGCAUCUGAAUGAAUCUGGUGAAAUUAAA